UUGGAACAUAUCCUUCUUGGCUAAUAAGCCAUUCGCUAAUUUGCUUAAUUUUUUCGUUAGUUUUCAUAUUCGUAAUGGUGCUUUUCUAACUGGUUUAGCCAUCGUAAUUACUGUUUGUGCCUUGACUAAACUGGUAAGUAAAUCACCCGCUAAAUCGACAUCUCAUCAUUCGGAAUCUCCGGCUACAUCCAAAGCCGCCAGAUUAUCUUCAAUUUCCCCCCGUAGUUUUUGUAAUAACUCCAAAUCUUUCCGGAUUGCAUUUUUUAACUUGGCUUUGCUCAUCUCCGACAACCUUGGUUUUUGUUCCGGCAAUGCUCUUUACAAUAAUAGUAAAUAUCAUCCUCGCCCGCCAGAAUUUCUCCCAUUCUUAUUUGGCGACAUAAUUCUUCGGCUGGUUGCGAGCAAAAUCACUCUUGACACUUUUUUAGACUAG